CCUUUCGUAACAAAAAAUAUCAAACUCGUUACCAAAAAAGGAUGUUAACUCGGAAUCAGCGCCUAAUAUCCUCAAUAUGCUUGUCUAGACUAGUUUAUGGAGCAAAACGACGGUGUUCGGAAGGCCAAACGGCAAUCCAAAAGCAAAAAAUAGGCAUGGUAUUGAGAGGGUUUUAGGUGAAGAGGUUAAGGGUUUUGAUUGGAAAUGGAGAACAGCGUGGAGCAGACUCUGCAAGAUGGGAAGCUGUACAGGCACCUCAAUUCUCUCAUCGUUGCUCAUCUUCGUGACAACAAUCUCAAUCAGGCUGCAAGUGCAGUUGCUUCAGCAACUAUGACACCGUUGAAUGUUGAAGCCCCACCUAAUAAGCUUCUGGAGCUGUUUGCUAAGGGUCUUGCAGUGGAGAAAGAUGAGAUGUUAAGAGGGGUUACAUCAUCUGCAUUGUUUGAUUUGGGUACUUCAUUACCUGCAUCAUAUGGCUCAAUCCCUGCUCCUCGUGCUGCUGCUGUUGAUUUCAGUGCUGUGCAGGAUACAAAAGGGUCAUCAAAAAGUUUUCCAAAGCAUGAGACACGGCAUCUUUCAGAGCACAAGAAUGUAGCCAGAUGUGCAAGAUUUAGUCCUGAUGGGAGGUUUGUUGCCACCGGAAGUGCAGACACAUCCAUAAAGCUGUUUGAGGUUGCAAAAAUUAAGCAAAUGCUGCUACCAGAUGCAAGAGAUGGUCAUGUGCGACCUGUCAUUCGGACGUUUUAUGACCAUAUACAACCAAUAAAUGAUUUGGAUUUCCAUCCUCAAAAUACUGUUCUGAUAUCUGGCGCCAAAGAUCACACUAUCAAGUUCUUUGAUUUUUCCAAAAUGACUGCAAAGAGAGCAUUCAGAGUUAUACAGGAUACACACAAUGUGCGUUCUGUAUCUUUUCAUCCUUCUGGAGAUUUUCUUUUAGCAGGAACUGAUCAUCCAAUCCCACACUUGUACGAUGUCAAUACCUUUCAGUGUUAUCUAUCUGCGAAUGUGCCAGAAAUUGGUGCUAAUGGAGCCAUAAAUCAGGUCAGGAAUUCAUCUACAGGUGGCAUGUAUGUUACAGCAUCUAAAGAUGGUGCUGUUCGGUUAUGGGAUGGGGUAACUGCCAAUUGUGUGCGCUCCAUAGUUGGUGCACAUGGAGUGGCUGAGGCAACUAGUGCAAAUUUUACAAAGGAUCAAAGGUUUGUUCUCUCUUGUGGGAAGGAUUCGACUGUGAAGCUUUGGGAAGUUGGCACUGGAAGAUUGGUCAAACAAUAUCUUGGAGCUACACAUACACAGUUGCGGUGCCAGGCUGUUUUCAAUGACACUGAAGAAUUUGUACUAUCCGUAGAUGAACCAAGCAAUGAGAUUGUAGUAUGGGAUGCUCUGACAGCAGAGAAAGUAGCACGGUGGCCGUCCAAUCAUAUCGGUGCGCCCCGCUGGGUUGAGCACUCACCAGUAGAGGCAGCCUUCAUUUCCUCUGGGACUGAUAGGUCUAUCCGGUUCUGGAAGGAAAUACUCUAGGUUGAAUAUGGAUGGCAUCCAUUGUGAUACUUAUUGGACUUCUCAUCUUAUGAACUUCUGAAGACUGAAGACAUCCCCUUGCAAGUUUGAGAAACUGGAAAAACCAGGCAAGCUGAGAAUAAACUUGAGCUUUUAAAGCGUCAUCUUAAGAGCAAACAACUUGAAUAAAAACCGAAGAGUUCAAAGUUGUAACAGGUGUGGUGCGUUGCAUCUCUCGUUUUCUACUAUAUUUCACAUACCAUUGCUGUUCAAUGCAAAAUAAUAAUCAGGUGAACCUCUGAAGAUUAAAGCAUAUGAUGUACCAAUAUCUACACGAUCAGACCUGGGCUGACUAGGCCCAUUGAGGACCAACCGCUGGGCCUAAAACCACUAGCCACCUGGGCCCAGUAGCUCGACCACCUGGCCAAGGAACCGGGAAGGGCAUGUAGUAGGGAAUCACCCUUACUGCCACCUCAUCGCAACUGUCCCUAUAUUUCUUGUAUGAAAUUAAGGAACACUUUCUACCCCUGAUCUUUUAUUACUUCUGCAAUCAAACUAUUAAAUUUUAAAGUGUCAAUUUAGGGUUACUAUUUUUCAAUUUCUUGCAAUGUCUAACCUUCCUGUCCAAAUUCAACGUUAAAUCAGUGACCCACUGGUGGGACACAUUUUCCCAUUUUUUUAGAAGGGAGGGGUAUUUUGGGGAUUUUACUUUUUCCAUUAGAAUUUAAUGUUGAAUUUGAACGGGAGGGUUGAUAUUGAAAAAAAUUAAAAGAUGGUGACCCUAAAUUGACAUUUUUUAGUGUUGACAUUCAUUCCUAUGCAAA